AUGACAAAUGAUAAUGACAGUUCUAUUCGAAGUGAUUGCAAAUGCACGUGCAUUCGGUUAAUCGGUUUUAAACUUCCCAUAAAAAUACCUCUUUUUUUUUUCUUAUAUUUGCUUAAAUAUAUUGCCCGUAUAAGAUUUGUUAUUAAUUGGCCACAAUGGAUGUACUAUCUCGACCAGCCGACGAAUUUGUUAACGAUGAGACCCUGGAACACAUGUGGGCUGCUAGAGCCAUGGAACAUAGUGACAUUUACUUUAAUGUUUUGUGCUCAGUGGACACCAGAUGGCUGCGACUGACCCCUCAUGACGAUCUGAUCUACACACACUUCAGACAAGAUUUUUCAGAUUUAGAUGUAAAAUACAUCAAAGAAGAUGAAAUCAAGAACAAUACAAACAAAGCUAGAUGGAGAUUAUUUUGCGAAAAGUUCAAAACAAUUGUUGAGGACUACAGUUUUGGCACCUUAAUGCGAGCAGAUACUAAAGGUGAUUAUUCAGAAGAAAACACGAUUCUUGUACCUAGAGUUCAGUUUUACGCUAUAGAAAUUGCAAGAAACAGAGAAGGUUUGAACAACGAAGUCAAGAAACGAUACAAAUGUGCGUCCAAAUCAAAUCUUCAGACAGAACAUAAAACUGAAGUCGCCGUCUAAAGUUUUUGAGCCAAAUGAGAAAUAAAACCUGCCAGUAAUUUUAAUUAGAUUGUAUUGUUCUAUAAUACAAUAUAUGCUUUGAAAGAUGACAUAACUAUUGUUUAUGUAUUAGAAUAGAAUAAUAAGUAAUAACAAAAUGGCCUAUUAUCCAAAUAUGCAUCAUCUUUCAUGGCCCAUAUUGGAAACUGAUAUGUAUUGAGUAAAGGGCCCAUAAGACACUAUUAUACAUAAUAAGGUUAAAAUUUAAGAUGUAGCAAGCAGCUCGCCCAUUAAAUAAUAAUUAUUCCUAAAAAAGUUAAAACUUCCUAUGCUUUGAGUGGCUUUAUUUGAAGCUGAAAUAUGUUUUGUCACUUUCACACUUUUCACAGAAAGUGACGAAACAAAUUUAGUAGGUACCUAUGUUUUAACUUUUUAUGAAUAACGUAUUUUAUAAGUCUAUAGUAUUUUCAUAAUGCGUAAACAAAAUCUAAACUUGGAGACCAUGAUGUAACAUUUGAUAGCUUUAGCUAAUACAUAAUUUGGUUCUUUGUUUAAGCUGUAAUGUGUACCUAUAUUCAAGUAUAAUGCAUGUAACCUGCCCUAGUAAUAUUUGGCUUAAGUAAGCUAUAUCGAUAAAACUUUCCAUUUAUAUUAAAUAAUCAUCUUAAUAAUUUUAAUGAGACUGAAAGGAGCUCAGUAAUCUUUGAUAUUUGCAUGUGGUUUGUAGAACUAUAUGUGACAUUUUCCACAUUGAUCCAUCCAUUUUAAUCAUCCAUUAGGGAUGAUGUCCUUGUGUUGCUCAUUGUAGACCUUAUAAAUCCAAAGUCUUGUCUGUCUGUCACGUUUUUCGGCUAGACCUAGGCCCGUAUUUGGUGAAAUUUGUAGAUAUGACCUGGAGUCAAAAAUAGGCUACCGCAGGCGGAGCUCCAAGCAACAGCUAGUUUUAGUUAAUUUCCAAUCUCACUGGUAGUUCCACAAAGAAUUACGCGUUAGAACAACACAAAACUUGCUUUAUUAUAUUUAAAAAUAACAGUAGGUAUAUUUACUAGAUAAAGUUCGCUUGCUAUUUGUGUGAGUGAAAAAAUGAAUGAGGUGCUCAAUUUCUCAUACAUUUUUAUACAAAUAAACUUUGAAUAUCAUCA